AUGUUGAUCACUUUAUUAUUUCCCAUAUACAUCUUUCACUCAUUAGUGUCUGCUGCAGCUACUACCACGACAAUCACUGUCCCCGACAAUAUAAUUGAAGAAGCCACGAUUCGUUGGUGUCCAAAAUACGACCUAAGACCUACUGAAGAUGACGAAAUUAUCUACAUCACAUACUACCGAACAACAACAGUUUAUUGGACUAGUUGGACCACAGUAACAAAAUGUUCAAAUAAUGUUUGCUCUCAAGUCGCAACGUUAACCACUGGUACCGGUAUGGCUCCAGCUGCUUCAGAUGUGGUUGAUCGUACAACCACCUACACUGUUUUCAGUACAACUACAAAUUAUUACACAGAUUGGGACAUUAUCGAGUAUUGUCCCAGUACGGUUGAAUCCACCGGUACUUCAUCCAUAGCCGCUCCUAGUGAAUCAACCGAAGAUACCAUCUCACUCUCAUUCACUUCCACUGUCGACGAAUCAACCAACCUCGUGGUAACAUCAGCCCCUUCUACUUCAGAAGAUGAUGAAGAAGUAAGCUACGUUACUGUUUAUCUGACCACGACUUCCCCAAGAACAAUUUGGACCACCAUUACGUCUUGCUCGGAGAAUCGUUGCACCUUGGUCACAUCACUUGCUACAAGCAGCUCAUCUGUCGAAUCCAUUGGUGAGUCUACCCUGUCAGAGAUCCGAGCUUCUGAAUCAAUUUCUACUAGCUCGGAGACAGAGGAAACCCUGUAUUCACUGUCACUAGAGGGGCCAGCUACCUCGUUGGAUGAAAUUCUGGUUACUCAAAUCUCUUUCGAAGCACAAUUUUUAACUACAACAGAAAUUGGUACUACCACAAUCACCAUCACAUCAUGUUCGGACAAUUCAUGUUCAGAGGUUGUAUCUGUCACUGGAGUGAUUACGAUUACUGACGAAGCAACGGCCUACACUACAUUUUGUCCUUUGACCUCAUCCACGGAAGGUGAAAAUGCAUCCACCGUGAGUAGCCUUUUUCUGAAUGGCGCAUCAGAAUACUUCUCUUCCAGUCUUGCAUUAGAAUCGGAGGUGGUAACUUCCACAGUAGACUUGUCAAGAAGCGAUUCGUCGUCCAUCGUCGUUGUUGAGUCGAGCUCAGUAGUUAUUGAAUCCACAGAAAACACAAGUUCAACAUCAGAAUCUUCAAGUUUCGAUUAUAGCACAUCCCUUGAAGGUCCAAGUCUUGUCGAUAGUGUCACAACUAGCUUUCCGGUCAUCUUUGAUGUCAGCACUACGAGUCAAUCAUCAAUCGCUUCAAGUUCUAUGCUUAAGGAUAAAAGCACAACAACAACUGCUAUAUCAUUUGAUGAAUCAAUUUUGAACUACCUGAGUUCAAUUCCUCCAUUAGUGAAUAUUACAUCAACACCGCCACUUUUAACCACUACUGAUGUUGAAACAACUGUGAUUAUUCUCUCUUCGUGUUCGAGUGAUGUUUGUUCCCAAGCUAGUCGUACAAUUGUCUUGUCAACAUUGAUUGAAGGCACUACUGUUUAUUCUUCUCCAUCUGCAAUUUCAAGAAGUGGGGUUGAGUCAACAACGUCUGUAACAGCAGAAUCAAGCUUCUCCACAACUGAAGCAAGCUCUUCCUCAAUUAAGUCAAGCUCUACAUACACAACCAUUGCUGCUGUUACUUAUGUUUCUUCUACAGAAGUUGCUACUUCAAGUGAAUCAUCGUUGGAGCCGGUAGUGUCCACUAAGAGUGAGGUCCAUACAACCAUCAUCACUAUUACAUCAUGUGAAGAUAAUAGCUGUACAGAGGUUGUACAUACAACUGGACUCACAACUGUUACAGAAGAAACUACUAUUUACACAACCUACUGUUCUUUUCCAACAUCCAUUGAGGUUGCCUCAAGUGAAAAACCUUCAGUUUCAUCAAAAGCUGAAAAAGUGGUUUCGUUUUCAACGCUAUUAUCACCAGUUGAAUCUAGUGUGGAGUUCUCACUGUCAAUUCCACCAGCGCCAUACUCCGUGGUAGAGCUGAGAACUGUGUCAUAUAGUGGUGUAGAAUAUUCCACAUCGUUGGCUGCAACAGUUGCUAGCUCCGAAAGCAUUUCAUCCAUUCAAUCUCAUGUUGAAAAGAGCACUUCUACUGCUAAAAGUACAUCACCAAUUAAGGUUCUGAAAGUGAUGACUUCUGUUGCAGCUCCUACAACGCUGUUUGUUAAAGAUCACUCAGCUAAGGUAAUUGAAAGUGUUACUGAAUCAAGCAGAGUGGCCACAACUGAGGAAGCAACUACAAAAACAACUUUAAAGGAUAUCAAAGUGGCUACUAGUGAAAAGCCUCAAGCACCUGUUACAACAAUUAUUUUCUACAACACAGAAGAGGAAAGCACUACCACAAUUACCUCCACAAUUGAAACUGCAUCCCACAUUGAAGGUACUGAAUUAAAUGCUCCUCAGCCAACUCCCGAGUCUGUUCCUGAGUAUGCGCCACAAGAGAGUAUCAUACCAGAGGAUGUGACUUUGGCUACUAUUACAACCAUCACCGAUUCGACAUCGUUGGUAUACACUUCAAAAGAGUCACCAGUAGUAUCUGCUAACCCAGAAGCACCUAUUGCGUCUACUUAUGAAGGAUCUGGCGUUGUGAAUAUUCCAGCACUUGCUGCUAUCGUUGGAUUGUUACUUUCCCUCGUUUAG